GCUUGAGUCAGAUCUGCCAGAGCAAGCAGGCGCGUUGGAAGCGUUGGUGGUUGAAGCCCUACAGCUCCUCGAAUCAGGCUCCUCCACAGCACGAGGCAUUUUGGAGGGCAUCACAGCAUUGGGCCUUGCCUGUGUGGCAAGUGCAGAUGAGGUUGGUCUCAGCCUGGCUGUGGCCGAGACCCUGGCCGAUGCUCUCUGUGCCACGGCACAGCUCUUCGCAGCCGAGGACGAGGAGUCCUCGCCGAAGGACCGGACGAUUGACCGGCUGAAAUUCAAGCACAGACAUGCAACAGCCAGGUUUUUGGAGCCACUUGCAUCGGCGAUGGAUGGCUUGGUGCUGGACAUUUCGCAAAGCCUGGCGCGAGCAGAGGCACAGAUGCAUCAAGCAGGAGACCCUGAAGCACUGGAAAUGCUUGGUCUUCAUCAGACGCCAAACGAGACCACAGAUUCACGGCGGCUUUACAAGGCCUUGACAUCUGUGUGCAUGUGGCUUCUGGCUGUUGCUGUGCGUGGCAUGGGCUACAACCACUUUUCCGCUGAUGUCCUUUGGGACUUUGCAGGGGAGGAUGCUUACUCCGCUGUUGUCUUUGCAAAAGGUGCUCUAUGUUUUGAGCAAGCAGAUUCUUCCUAUGUGGAUGAUCUUCCCGAACUGCGCGACGCGAUCCUUGGCGCCUUGCUUGGGCUCUGUUCGCAUCACGUGGCCUUCAGGGAUUGCAUAGACCCUGAAGCGAACAUUGACAUCGAAAUUCGCAACGAGCAGUUAGCGCUGCAUCAGGCACUUGUGGCAGCAGCUGCUGCGCGACAACAGCUGAUGCCCUGUCUCUUGGCAUUCCCUUGGCGCACAGGUCUGAUGGGCGACAAGCGCUUACCUGAACUCGUGAGAUUCUUGCGGGAGACGCUGGAUUCUGGAUCUUUCCCUCGAUGGAGCCCGUUCUUGCAGUCCUUAGGGGAGGAAGUGGACGAAUGGCGCCGCGAAGUGCGACUCUUCGCCACGGAGCUCUGGUCGUUGAUGGACUUGGCACCGCCCAAACGGAGCGUCUUGAGAGACCUUGCUGUCUUGGCUCGGGUGGCAGCGCCGACAGAGGUGGUGUGCUCUGCCUUGUUGCAGCACGGUUUGGCGGCAGCCAGUGGCGAUGCAGUUGCUGUUGCUUCUCUGGUUGCGUUGGCAGAUGCUGCUGGCUUGCAGCCUGGAGGUGAUGUGCUCAGUGCCGUGCUGGCCCAUUUGGAGGACUCACAACGUCAGCGAGUCGCUGAGAUGCUGCGGUCGACAGCACCGAAGGCUGAGGCAUGGGCUCAGCUAUUGGAGGAAGCUCCACAAGCGACACCAGCCGAGCCGCUGCGGCAGGACUUGAGGGCCUUGCUCGCUGACGCACCAGCGCCGUUCUGUUGCCAAUUGGAUGGGCGACUGUUACUUGAUCCAAUUUGGGAUAUUUGGGCUCCAGACCUGGCAGCUCGUGGAUCCCGUGUGCACGGCUACGGGCCAUGGACCUUGCGAGCGCUCUGUGCUUGCCAAAGUGCUCGCAGAGCAAGGGUGCUGCCCUUUCACUGGAAUGCCCUUGACAUUAUCGGAGUGCCAGCGAGAUGCCGAGCUUCGCAAAGACAUCCGAAGCUGGCUGCGCUGCCGAAAAAAGUGCUGCUGCGCACAGCUGUGCUCGAACACGUUGCACACGUUGCGUUGCACACGUUGCGUUGCACACGUUGCAGAGCAGACGUUUCACAUCUUCACUUCGCAGAUGUUUGUGGUCGUUGGAACACUGAGGAGUUGGCUGAAGAUGCUUGCCGCAGAAAUGGAGUGCUAUUUGUGCGGGGUAUGGAGAGGACGGCCUUGCAGAAGUAUGUCAUUGUGCUUGCCUUCCUAGAGCUCGGUUUUGAUGUCUUCUGGUUUGAUUUCGAUUCUGUGUGGCUGAAGAAUCCGCUGCCGGCCUUGCAACAAGCCAUGGCUGCAGAGGCGGCCGCAGCAUCGGCAGCACAGCGGCCCGAAGCAAUGGUCUUCUCAGCCAUUGACUUCGAUUCCAAGAACUGCGCCAUGAACGCUUUCUUCCUGCUUCGGCAGUCUCAGGGGCCCGCAAAAGCGUGGCUUUUGAGCCUCCUGGACUGGAUAUACAAGCGGCCUUUUGUGCAUGAUCAGCUGGCCUUUACCUUAUUUCUGGGUGUUGUCCCACUAGUGGACGAGGAGCCAGUGCCUGCACCGCCCCAGUGGGCACCGUUGGAUCGCAAUCUCUUCAGCAACGCCUUGCGCUUCCAGGGUCUCGGCUUCUCCUCAGAGGUGGAUGACUUGGUGCUCUUCCACUUCUUCGAUGGUUGGAACUCCAAUUCACCGGAGGGUGUUGAACAAUGGGCAACUCCGAUCUACAGAGGCAUGAACCUCUUUGACCAUCUUUACGCUAGCAACGAUGCUGCAAGGCAAGCCAUCGCCAAGUCCAAGCUGCCAGAGCCAAAGAUGCUGAGAGACUGUGCCGUGAGGGACGAUUUCGGAAACGGCAUCACAGUGUUCAGCCAGCUCAUUGAGGUUCCAACUUUUUAGAGGUCCUGAGGCGGCACGACUCGGCACGACUUGGCGACAAAAACU